UUUUUUGUUGUCUUUAAGUAGUACAUGUCCUCUUUUUUAUGUUAAUCAUCUGGUAACCCUAGUUAUGAAUAACAGAUUUAUGACAGAAAAAUAAUAGUGUUUCUGGUGAAAAUUUGGAGAGCUGUUACUAAAUGAAUCUUAGUUGAUGUUACUUGUUUACCAUUUGCUGUUUUUUGUUCACUCUAAGGUGAAAUAUGUGGUUGUGAUAUUAUCAAAUGCUGAAAUUUAAUUUUUAUUGAGAUAUGCUAUGUAUGCUAAUGUGGAUUUCUUCAGCAAGGGUGCUAAUUAGCAUGCUCCUAGUAAUGUACAGUGUAUGUGAAUAUUAGCUUGUUAGCAAAUCUGCAUCUAUACGGAUAGUUCUCCAACGGUGAUAAAGAAAUGGAAAACUCAUGAUAAUAUUAUUGAGUUGGUAGUUUAAUGUGGAUUUUUUAUCCAAACAUAUUAAUGUGUUGUUGACUAUGACAUAUCAUUAUCAAAAAAAAAUCUUAAAUCCUUUUGGUUUUACCAAAUACCGUAUAAAAUAAUACCAGAAAGCUUUUUGGGAGUGUGUGUGUGAAAUUACUUAGGGAUAGGUGUGUCACACAAUAUUAUAUAAAGCCAAAGUUCAAUUUAUUUUGGUGUAGUGCUAAAUUUAUUUCUUUUUUAUGAGGAAAUUAUAUGGAAUUUAAUUUUUUAAUGUAGCAAUAUAAAAUUAUAUUGGUUAGAGAAAAGUUUUCAUUUUCACAUUGUUGGUAUCGCUAAUUUAAACAUAUACAUUGUUAAUAUUGGACACACCCCCUACCGUCAAUUAAACUGGCGUAACGACAAUAAUUUUUGGCACAAAACACAGUUUAAUUCCUUAUCAUAGUUGCUAACACACGUCAAAAAAUUUGUGCUCAUAAAUAAAUCACUGAGAUAACUUUUUCCUUCAAUGAAACAAUCUGUACUUUUUCCUAGCAUUUGAGUAUAAACAUAAAAAAAAUAAUAGGUUUAAAUUUUUUGGCCUGAUUGAUUAAGAAAACCGAGCUGGUGAAAAGUAAACUAUAGAUCAAGAUAAAAAAAAAAUUUAAUUUAAAUAUAUUAUUAACGACCUUAAUAUCUGUUAGUGAAUCCUCUCGUUCUUUAAGGUUUGUGUUAUAUAUGAAUAGUAUAUUGUAAAUACACACUGUGCAUACUUUGUAUAUUAUACAGGUCAACAUAGUAAAUGUUUUUUAUCAGUUCCUAUGUUCUUGUUCAUCAAAGAAGAGAGUAUGCUGUCCUCCAAUCCCAGCAGUUUAAACUUGGUUUUGCAAUCUUCAUUUGUGUCACUGUUUUUAAGCCAAACAUGUUUGUUAUUUACAGUUAGUACUUUGAUACUGCCAUUUGAAUGUAAAGUGUAAUCCUGGCUAGCUAUACUGCAGGUAAUGAUUUUUUUUUUCCUCCUCUUCGUGGUUCCUUGGUGAAUGUACUCAUUUAGGUGAUGUGAAUCUUGUGGUGAGAGCAGAUACAUGUUGGUUUGACCCCUAAUUUUGUCUGGGUUCAAAGUUUGGGGGCAUAGUUUUGGCAGCCAAGUGGUAUCAAGCCUAAUUCUUUGUACAAACAUGCAAAUAAAACAUUUGGUUUACCAAUUUCCAUUCUAAAUGAGUUAUUCAGAUGCUCUUCCUUGUUUCCCACCCACAUUUCCGCCACACACUUUUUUAGUUAUGCGCAGUCGUUUGGAAUAGUAGUAUUCCUGACCAAACUACAUUUUCAAGAUAUAUUCCUUACUAAGUCAUACAUUUUUAAUAAACAAAAUCAGAUAAAAAUAUUUUCCAAAAUUUAUAGCCUUCGUAACUACUUGUGCAGAUUUUUUUUUUACCAAAACAAAGUUCAUUGAGCUAUUUCAUAUUUGUUUUCUCAACAGUAAUGGAAAAGCGUAAGUUACCAGGGUUAUGUUUUUUUUUAUUUGCAAAAAGAAUUUUUUUUUUAUCUUUAUGUGCCUUGUAGGAAAAAGUAAACAUUAAAUAUCAAAUUUUAAAUGACCCAAACACUAUUUACUCUGGUGGAGUAAUGUGGAGCUGAAAAUCCCAUUUGUCACAUGUCAGUUUAAAAAGUAAUAUGGUCAGAAUGAAAGAUCUGCACAAACCAGCUAUGAAGUCUAAUAUGGCAAGCUUCCCCCCCCCCCCCCCACCCCUAUUCCCAACAGUAUAAGAGUAUAACUAUCCUUUUCCAUAAAAACUCAUGCAGGGUUCACACCAGCUAUUAACAGGGUCUGUAUGUCUCCUUGAUAACCUUAAAAAGUUCUGGAUAAAUAUUGAUAGUGUGCAGAUAAUAGAUAAACGUGGGUAAUGUUCAUUUGUUUCAUAUUUGGUUACAUUUGAGACUGCUAUGGAAAGUCACCACUCAACAUGAAUGUGUGUAGUGUAAGUUAGGUUAAGUACAGCUUUCAGGUGUGUGUUUAACUGUUGUUAGUUACAUAAACGUUUGGCAGUGUUCAAGAGAACUGGCAGUAGCAAGGCAAGGCUUGAGAGCACGUGUUUUCUCAAUUGUGUGUCAAAUUUCCGAGUGAGUUAUAGGCCUGGAGCCAGGGUUAGGUUCAUUGCGCAACAAGUGUACAAUGUAUCCUUGCAGCUUCUUAGGUGAAACCUUUUUCGCCGUAAGAAUUAUCCUGCUCUACUAACUUUGAGUCACUGCACAGUCAUUAUUCCGUCUAUUACACCAGCUGAUGCUAAAAUACCCUUUUUCCCCUCAUUAAACCUAACUUCAUUCCAGGAUAGUAAACCUAGUCACAUAAACUAGUUAGUGUUUUUGGGGUGGUUUUGCAGUGGUAGAUAUGUGAUAUAAAUUGCUUGAUAAUUUGUUGGAAGAGGGUGUGAGAAAAAAGUGAAGUUGUGUGAUAGAAUAGGUACUUAUGUUAAAUAAAAGUUUAGAAAAAAAGUAAAUAGCCUCUGAACAUUUAUGAAGGUGAGAUAACUUAAAAAAAAAUUUAUUGUUUGUGAUUUAAGUACAAUCAGUAAAUAAUAUAUUCUAAAUUGGAAAGGUUACAGUGAUUACGACUAGUGCAGACUGGAUUCAAUAUCGGCAGUGAUAAUGUGUUAAAGAUUUAGGAAAAUCUGAUAUUGAGAAACGACUAAGAAUCCUUGCUAUUUCAGCAAGAUGUGAAUGGAAAAGUAUAAUUCAUAAUUUAAAAAUCUAAUGCAGGUGUUUUUUUAUUUUAAAGGUAUGGUUAAUGGCGAAUGAAAUGGGGAAAAUUUAUAGGCAAGACAGCUACCUAUGUGAUAUUGAGUACUGUAAAUAAACGAUUGAAACCUAUGAAAUUAGUGAACAUUGUUAAUUCUGUAAGAAUUUGUUAAGUAAUUGAUUUUUAUAAUCACUAAAUUAUAUAACAAAAUGGCAAAUAUUGGGGAAGAAAAUAGGUCUAAUUGGGUUAGUAUGUAGAAUAGCUGCUUUUGAGAAAUAAUCUAAAUACUUAUUCCUGGUGUAAGUUGUAUUGGUGUGCAUUUUAAAGGAUAUUACCCAGACAUUUGUUAUGUAUAUAGCAGGUACAUAAGAUAGUAUGGUGGGGAGUGGGGAAGAUAACUUUAUUUUCACAUUCAAUUAUAAUUGUGCCGAAAUGGAUUUAUAUCUGGAGUAACUGGAAGUGUAUUUAUAUAUCAUAAAAUGUUUACUUUAUUAUGAAUAAAUGUCAAUAUAUAACCUAUCACUAGUUAAAUGCAAUAUUUUGUGUGAAAAAGGAUUUUGACUAUGCAGAAACCACAAAUGCUUAAAUCACAAAACACUAUUUAACAUACUGUGUUGAAAUAGUCUAUUUUGCGAUGUUUACCAGUAUUUAAUUUUUUGAAUGUGAGACUUUUCGACGCAAGAUUUUAUCCGUAUUGUGAAGGAGACUACAGUCUCACCCGGUCUAGUCUAUUCUCUGAUACCUGUUGGUAAGUUUUUGAAAGUGAGACUUUGUGAGAUUUAAUAAGUACCUACCUACCGUAUUGUGAAGUAGGUUACAGUCCCACCAGGUGUGGUCUAUUUUGUGAUACCGGUAUUUUAUUACUCAUAGGUCACCAUUUUCCCCACAACUUUUAUUUUUCAGUAUCAUGAAGUUUUCUGAUAAAUAGGGCACACUGUUAAAUUUCAAGUUGUAACGUCUACAGACACUAAUUGUUUUGAUACUGAAAUAUUAGUAUCACAAAAUAGACUAACACGGGGGAGGGGGGGAUUAUACUCUAUUUUGCAAUACCAAAAGGUGUGAAAUGCGUAAAAAUAGAAUGUUUAUAAUUCCCCGCCCAAAAACCCAUAUUGCCGAGCUUGUCUCUUAAAAAAUGAAGGGGUGAUAAUGACGAAAGUGACGCCAUCUUGGUGACAUCAAAAGUGUAUCAUGGGGCUUCCGCGCAACUCCAGCUGCCAUAGAAAAGCUUCCAAGGAAACUUCCAUCAUGGCAUAGGGGCUUUACGUUUACACUUCUCUCAUAUCACAGCUUUCACUUACUAUAAACGAAAACGCCACUGUUGAUGUGUAACAUUUUCUUUUGGCUAGAAAUAUUUUCUAGAACAAGGAAAAUUCAUUUAUGACUAGAAAAUUUUACAAUAUCAGUUGGCAACACUGAUAUAAUCUAAAUACCAUGUAAACACGCCGCUGAAGAUAAACAAUGAGCUAAUGAGAGUCCCAUGUGUUUUGUGUUGUGUUGUGCGUAUCAAUUUGUAAUGAUGCAUUUUUGAAAUGUUUACUAAAGUUUAGAUACACUUGCUGUGUACAUAGAAAAUAAAUAACCUAAAAUUCAAGUGUUUCAUAUCAGUGGCUGAAAGGAAGAACUUGCUGAGGUAUGCUGUUAACAGAAUCAAUCAGUCAGGUGGGCGCAAAGCUGAAGGCUGGAAGCCUACUAUCUUCAGACUUGUGUGCCUUAUGCCUGUCGAGAGCCAAGUACAUAAAGCCUCUGAACGCCUUUGUCACGUUGCUCAACGAUCAUGCGACCCAAAAGGCGGAGGAGUCUACCGCGAGACACAGGAGAGGCAUUCGAAAAGGCCCGCUGGAUGGCAUAACGCUGGCCGUGAAAGAUAACUUCUGUAUGAAAGGUGCUCCUACAACAUGCUGCUCCCGAAUGCUUGAGUCAUUCAAGCCACAGUACGAUGCUACCGUCGUCAGAAAGCUGCAAGAUGCUGGGGCAGUCAUCAUUGGCAAGUGUAAUAUGGACGAAUUUGCGAUGGGAAGUGGCACUGUCGACUCCAUCUUUGGCCCGACGAAGAACGUGUGGCGGUCGGAGCUGAAGUACCGGCUGCGGCAGAGACGUCCGCGAGGGGAGACCACCUCUGAGAGCGGCUCCGCGGCAGCUGGGGUCCACGAGCACUCCCCCUCGCCCAGCGACCCGCCCGACUGGUUCAUAAGUGGAGGCAGCUCCGGAGGCAGCGCGGUGGCCGUCGCGUGCGGUGCUGCCUUUGCCGGGAUAGGCUCGGACACCGGGGGCUCGACGAGGAACCCCGCGGCCUACUGCGGCCUCGUGGGGCUGAAGCCGAGCUACGGCCUGGUGUCGAGGCACGGCCUCAUCCCGCUCGUCAACUCCAUGGACGUCCCUGGCAUCCUCGCCAGGACCGUGGAUGACGCUGCCUUCGUGCUAGGUGCUGUAGCUGGCCUUGAUGACCUUGAUUCAACCACAGUUGAGUCUCACUGCUUGUCGGCCCCCUCACAAGAUGAAGUCGAUGUGGAGAGGAUAACGGUGGGCAUCCCCUCAGAGUAUCGCUGUGCCGGGCUGUCAGGGGAUGUUUUGGAGGCCUGGGACUCUGUUGCAAAUCUGCUGGAAGAAUCCGGUGCCAAAGUCGUGCAGGUCUCGAUGCCACACACGCAGCUGUCCAUCGCAUGCUACUCAGUGCUGAACCAGUGCGAGGUAGCCAGCAACAUGGCUCGGUACGAUGGCAUCGAGUUUGGCUUGAGGGUCGAAGGCAGCACAACCGAGGAGUUGUUUGCUUCGACUCGCAGCGCAGGGUUCAAUGAUGUUGUCAGGGCCCGCAUACUUGUCGGCAACUAUUUCCUGCUGCAGAGGAACUAUGAGAAGUACUUUGUGCAAGCACAAAAAAUCCGCAGUCUUAUUGCUCGAGACUUUUCGGAAGUGUGGAACUCGGGAGUCGACGUGCUUUUGACACCAACGACAUUGACGACUGCACCAAGGUACAGCGAGUUUGUUGUUGAUGACAACAGAACGCAGUGUGCCUUGCAGGACUACUGCACGCAGCCUGCAAACAUGGCAGGUGUGCCCGCGGUCACAGUGCCGGUGAAGCUGUCGAAGAACGGCCUGCCCGUCAGCCUCCAGCUCAUGGCGCCCCACCUCCGGGACGGGUUCCUGCUGACCGUCGCCAGGUGGCUGGAGCGCAGGGUGUGCUUCCCGGUCCUGGAGCUGGAGGAGCAGAGCGCUGCGUAACGCAAACCAGCGAGCUGUAGCGAUUCAGCAGCACGCGCUUCACACGUCCCCAACAAAGUCACCAUCUCGUGACUGAGGUCGACGACCUCGGAAUACCUGGGUCAAGGGUGGCCGACGUUCAGUUAGUGUGAGCCAGUUACGAACAUUAAAAAAACAAUUAGCAAAUUA